AAUUGGAAGAGCAGAAACAGUGUGCAGUAGAAAUAGAAAUUAAAUUUUAUUAUCGUAUUAUUUGUCCUGUUAUUUGCGUCUGUAGUUGUCGUGUUAUCAGUAACUGUUGCAAGUCCCGUAAUCUUCAAACGCGAUUUCGCGACUCCAAUGCUGUAUUAUUGUAUGUCAUUCAGACAACUGCCUAGCUCAGUCGUGCUGUGGUGUUUCCCAAAGCAGGUCUACGAGUUGAUUGUCCAAAAUGAUGGAAAUGAAAACGAUCCAUAAAAAGCGUUCCUCACCUGUUGCGACCGCUUCGGAGGAAGAAGGUGAAGAUACAAAUGGUAACACCACUGGAGAAAGUUUUCCUGUAACACUGAAACCUGGUUCAAAGAUUCGACCCAUCGUAACCGAUGAAGACGUCCGGAAACUAGCGGAGCGAUUGUAUGGUAUUAUCAUUCUGGAGAUGUGCGAGCUGAAUUCUUACGACGAUAAGAACUAUUUGAUUCAAGCGGACAGGUUAAUUAAGAAUCCGAUCCUCAAAACGGUCAGCACCAACGGGUAUGUGCUAAAGAUAGCUAAUUCCUUGGAUUCACGUGAAGAGCUGUUUUUCGAUGGUCAAACGCAGGUAAUGCAGCGAUUGCGUGACCGCGGUAUUAGUUGUCCGACGCCUGUCCCGAACAUAUUUGGCAAAUACCAUUCCGUAGAAACAUUGGGUGAAAGCAAGCACGUAGUUCGUCUUCUAGAGUACCUUCCGGGAAAGGUUUUCCACGGAGUGCCACAUCCCGAUCGGUUGUUUUAUCAGGCCGGUAUGUUCAUUGCACGUAUCGAUUCGGCUUUAAAGGGUAUUACACAUGAAGGAAUUCUUGAACGACAGUCUGUCUGGAUGCUGGACAAUUUUCUCCAGCUAGAAAAAUUUUUGUAUGUGAUCAAAGACGAACAGCACAAAGACAUAAUUGAGCAAGUACUCGUGGCGUAUCAGAAACAGUUUGUAGUAAAUCAAGAUCAGUUCGAGCGAGCUGUAAUAUAUGGAGACUUCAAUGAACACAACAUUAUUGUCAGCCGCAAAGAUGGCAAUGCAAAGGAUUACGACAUCGCAGGAAUAAUAGAUUUUGGCGAUGUUUGCCAUUCUUACUAUGUCUUUGAGCUGGCCAUUGCGAUGACCUAUAUGAUGCUGGAGUCAAACGAUUUGGACACCGGUGGUUUGGUUAUGGCCGGAUACAGUAUGUUGAGAAUGAUUCCUCCGCAUGAGAAAGCCGUUCUGAAAAUGGCUAUCGCCGCUCGGCUCUGUCAAAGUUUAGUUUUAGGCCUGUACACAUCGACGGUGGAUGAGCAGAAUAAGUACAUCCUGUCCUCACAGGCUCGGGGUUGGAGUCUGCUAGAAGCAUUAUGGGCCGAAAAGGAUAAAGAUAUUCUCGAACGGUGGGAAAAGGUGUCUGAGCAGUUUUUGACUCAAAGUUAAAGCUAAGUUUAAAACUUAGUUAUGUUAUUGGAUCGGCUAAGACAGAAAACUAGGAGGUGCAGAGAUUUCAAUUAUUGAAUUAUGGAGCAAUUAAAAGCAUGCCUUAGAACGUUAUGGAACAGCAGCUAGCAUAGAAAGUUUUAUUUUUAGAAAAUACGACUACGUUUAAUAAUAUACGUUAGUAAAUUGAUGAAUAAACUAAGUUGAGUUAAAAUGUAAGCAUUUCAGAGUUAAAUUAAUAUAAAAUAUACAGAAAAACAUUUUUUUUGCAAAAAUAUUGCAGGUUCAAA